UGUAAUGUAACAAUUGGCAGCACGGGCGGCCCGCAAGCGGCAGACAUGUAUUACCGGGAAGUUUGUUGAGGAAAUUUUUUUUCGUUCAUGUUAUCAAAAAGUUCGGUGUAGUUUUUGGACUUAACGAGAAAUGGCAUUUAAAGCUUCUGUUUUCGAAAGCCAUCCUGACUUUUGUCCUGAAUGUGGCACAAUAUUACCUCUUCCUGGAAUCGAACCUACUGUCAUGUGCUGUGGAUGUAAAUUUAAAGUUGAUGUAAAAAAAUUCAAUGGAAUCACUCUUACGUAUGGAAUUAAAUAUGAUAAUGCUGGUAAAUAUAAGAAACGUAAAGAGAAAGAGAAGGAAAGUGAGGAAUCUAAAUCCAUGGGACCUCUUGCGGAUCGACAAUGCUCAAAGUGUGGACAUCAAGGUAUGACCUAUGCUACACUACAAACACGUUCUGCAGAUGAAGGGCAAACAGUUUUUUAUUCUUGUCCAGAGUGCAAGCAUCAAGAACAUGAAUAUUCUUAGCAUUCUCAUCGAGAAAUGGUAACAAAGAUGAAUUAAAAUUUUGUAAAGCCGGACUAUGUCAUCAUCCAUCACUACGGUGAUUCUGAAAAAGAAAAAGUAGGUAUUGUAAAAAUCUCGAAAAAAAUUAUCCAUGUGCAAAACAAUUUCAAUGAACUUGAUCAAACUGUUACUUGAC